AUGCCCGUCCGCUACGCGCCGUCAUUGGCGCAAGUCGCGCAGAGGCGCCUGCUCGCGCAGAUGUCGGCGAUUUCGGCCUCUACGCGGCGCACGCAGAACCAUUCGCGGUCGAUUAUUGCUCCUUCGAGAGUCUGUUUCACUGGAAUGAUUUCAGUCAUUGACAUCACCAUCUUCAUCGCCAGACGCUGCAGCAGCACCAGCAGUAGUGCCACCUCUGCCUGCACUGCCGCCACUGCCAGCGCCUGCUGUGGCAGGAGUAGCGGCCUGGAGUCGAUUCAGGAGCAGCGGAGCGGUGAAGAAACGGAAGGGGAAGGAGAGGGGAGCGGCGGGAUUGGGCAGCUGGAGUGGCUGAAAGAGUCUCGAGUGGGUGAUGUGAUGGGCAAGACCGAAGAGACUCGCACCAUGUUGGUUCUUGACCCGCAUGCCACGGUGCUCCAAGCCAUGGAGCUGCUGGGUUCCAGGGGUUUCCACCGCGCGCUCGUUCCCAACGUGUGUCCGUGCGACCACGAUCGAACCACCGCCAUGCCAAUGCCUGCGCUGCUGCAGUCGCGCCUGGGAGGAGGAGAGGGGGGUGCUGCAGGGGAGGAGUACCGAGUGCUGUCUCAGAUGGACAUUGCCUCGUUUAUGCUCACACACGAGGGGCUGCUGGGCUUGACACUGGCUAAGAGCAUCGACGACAUCGGGUUGGUAUGGCCGUCUGUGGUCUCCGUGACACCAUCCACUCCUCUUCUAGACGCCUUCAACAUGUUCCGAAUCCGAGGGAUAAGCGCAGUGGCAGUGGUGCAGCCUAAGCCAGCUCCAAUAGCAGUCAUGGUAGAGGAAGGGGGGGGCUCAGGGAUGGAGGGGGGAGAGAAGGUCGGGGAGACCAACGGCAAAAAGGAAGCUUCCGUUGUGCUUCCUCAGUGGCCCAUGGGGGGAUGCGGCAGUGUGCUGAUAGGCACUCUAUCAGCAUCAGAUGUCAAGCAGGUGGACGUUGUCUCCCACCACGUGCAUCGAGUGUGGGUGGUCCGACAAAACCACCUCAUCCCUAACCUCUCAACCCCUCUGGACCCCUUUUCCCUGCCCCCCUUUCUUUCCAGUGCAUCCUCUCUGCGUCACGUGCUCUCCCUGCUAGUCUCCCACCACGUGCAUCGGGUAUGGGUGGUCAAGCCCCCUCCAGUCCAACCUUUCAACCCAUCCACACCCUUCAUUACUCCCGUCUUCCCUGCCCCCCUUUCUUUCCAGUGCAUCCUCUCUGCGUCACGUGCUCUCCCUGCUAGUCUCCCACCACGUGCAUCGGGUAUGGGUGGUCAAGCCCCCUCCAGUCCAACCUUUCAACCCAUCCACACCCUUCAUUACUCCCGUCUUCCCUGCCCCCCUUUCUUUCCAGUGCAUCCUCUCUGCGUCACCGGACGGGCAAGAGGAGCAGCAGCAGCAGCAGGAAGUGGUAGCAGUGAUGGUGGUGGUGGCGGCGGCGGCGGCGGUGGUGGUGGUAGUGGUAGUAGUAAUUAUGUUGGUGGUGGGGAGGAAGGGGAGGUUAUGGGCGCACAAGGUGAGGAGGGGGAGGAGGAGGAGGGCGAUGAUUGGUCGGUGACAUCGAUGACGAGUGAUGAUGAUGCUGACGUGGCAGGACCUGCUACAGUAACAGGGACGUCAGGGUCGAGUUUUGACUCGUAUUAUUGGCUGGACUGGUGGCCUGAGAAGCCGGCCUUAGCAUGA